AUAUCGUUCGUUCUUUGCAACACUAGGGCCGGGUCUUGUGCGAUGACUAAUACCGUUUCUCAUGCUGACAGCUGAGUGACGUCGUGCAUCGGCAACCGGCAAGCGGCGCGCAGACCUCUGUAGUCAGUACAAUAUUGCAAGGAGGCACGUCUAGACCUUUCCACUCAUACAUAAACCGCGACACCGCACCCUUUUAUUAUCUGUAAAAUUAAAUUUUCUGAACUUCGCUAUGGAUGGUGCUGACACUUUAUUAACUGGGCUUGCCAGCGGGGACCGUGCGCCCGCGGAUGCCGUGGUUCCAGAAGCAAGUAUGAAGCGAGAUCAAGACUCCGUGGAUGAUUUUGAGCACCUAGAGGGUGAAGGCAAGAAGGACGAUAUUAGUGACUCGCCGCUGCAUAGCGCACGGAAUACAACUCAAAGUUUCCUUGACAUGGAAAGAGAUGUGUUUCUAGACACACCUCGUGCUCCCUCCGUCACAGAAAAAUUAGAACAUAUGGCUGAUAAAUUUACAGAUAGUGAAUCGGAUGCCGGCGAGUCACCGAUGCACCGCCCAGUGCCAUCUAAAGCACGAGAUACUGUUCCCGAAGCCGCUGCUCCUACAGACCCAACGCCUGUUCUGACUCCAGCAACUGUGACGAUACCAGCUCCUUCGCAAGAGAAGAAAGAACCUGAGCCGACAUUAAUAUCUGACGUUGCCCCCAUUAUUAACGAAGUGAAGUCUGAUUUGAAGCCCAUGACUUCCCCUGACGUUGUUAUGAAGCCUUCAGAAUCUAAGACUGAAACGAUAUCAACGGCAGUAGAGCCAAAACCUGCACCAGCGCAACCAGCUUCCGCACCUGCUCCAGUAGUUUCAGUUAAACCGAAGCCCGAGGCGCCUCGAGGCCCCACUGCACACAUCAUUGAGGCAGAGGUUAUUUUCUGCCAAAUGGGACUAGAUGCUUGGUUCGACCCGCAGAGACUACACCCUGAAGUGGAGGCGUUGGUAUACUGGCGCAAUGCAGCACGAUCGGGUGCAGCCCUGGGCGCGGGUUUAGUCCUCCUGGUGGCACUGGCCUGUUGCUCUGUGGUCUCCGUGUUCGCCUACUGCUCUCUGCUGGCACUCACCGCCGCUGUCGCUUUCCGUAUCUACAAAAAUGUUCUUCAGGCCGUUCAGAAGACCAACGAAGGACACCCCUUCAAAUGGCUGCUGGAACGGGACGUGAGUGUGAGUGCAGAGCGAGCACAGGCGCUGGCCGCCUCCGCUACGGCACACCUCAACGCCGCCCUGCAUGAGCUUCGCAGGUUGUUCCUGGUAGAAGAUCUGGUGGACUCUCUGAAGUUUGGAGUUCUGCUGUGGUGCCUCACAUACCUCGGGGCAUGCUUUAACGGCAUCACGCUCGUCAUACUCGGCUGGAUAGCGCUUUUCACGCUGCCUAAGGCUUAUGAGAUGAACAAGGCGCAAGUUGACGCUAAUUUGGAACUAGCGCGCGCAAAGAUCAAUGAGAUUACCGCUAAGGUUCGCGCGGCUGUGCCCUUGGGCAGGAAGACAGAGAGUGACAAGGAAAAGUAGAGCGGGGAAGUGUGCGUGUGAGUGAGUGAGCACUACGCUCAGAGUAGCGCCGGAGUUUCACUGUUUGUUAUAUUUAUUAUCUACUAUUAAAUACCUACUUUACGUGUAAAGCUUUAUGAGACGAGUCAUGCGGAGAUUAUUGUAUUUGCUUUUUGAAAUUUUAAAUUAAAAUAAUUGUCGAACCAA